AUGUCUGGUAUCGAGAUUGCCGGUCUUGUACUUGCUAUCAUCCCAAUCUUCAUCUCGGCGAUCGAGCAUUACGAGGAUGGUCUUCGGCCUUACAAAGUGUGGAAGCUGACCGUCUACCGUCGGGAGCUGGCGCGUUACCGAAUGAAGCUGAGGCUGCAAUAUGGACUGUACAAUAGCGCCCUUGAAGAGCUCCUUGUCGACGUGGUACCAGAACAGGAGCUGCGCGUCAUGAUCGCCCAAGGAUUUGGUCCAACCUGGAAGAACCUCGCACUCGAAGACAAGUUGAAGAAGCGUCUGGGGAGCGUCUGUGGCACGUACCUUGAUGUCAUGAAAGAGAUGCAGGAAGUGAUGGCAAGAAUAGCUUCUCUUCUGGACCUUCAGAGUCAGGGCAACGUUUGUUGUGGCGCAUCGCUGUUUGCAAACCCCGCUAAUUGUAUGAGUAGUCAACCAGGUNCUCAGCUCGAAUCCCUUCUGCUCGCACAUCCACCAAAGCACGGCACAUUCCAAGCAUCACAUUCCGCUGUAUACGAGUUUAAAAAGAGGCUGAAGUUUGGCUUCAGGAGUGGACAGAUACAACCUUUACUUGAAGAGCUGGGUCGGUACAACAGCGCGCUCUACCAGUUCACUGAGAGUAGCAGACGCCUGGAAGGUCUGCGACCCACCCCGCCUCGGACAACUUUCACGACGCCCAUUUACCGCGUUCGCGACUGCGCUGAGAGGUUGCACCAAUGCCUUGGUCGAGUGUGGGCAUGUUCCUUGCAUGCGGACCAUGUCAUAGAUUUGCAGCUCGAGUCUCGCUUCUACAAGCCCGGUAUGCCAGAAGAAGCUGAUGAGGAGCGCGUGCUAUUUUCAGUCGCUUUCUUGGACAGCAAGCUUCUUAACCAUUGGCGUUGUUUGGAGAUCUAUGUCCUUUCAGAUGAACUUCAACACCCGCAGAAACCGACUGGUAGAGUCGGCUUUACCACAACCACACCCGCGCUUAGCUUUGAUCAUUCGACGCUGCCAACAAUCCAUUGCCUCUGUACGACUGUUUCAGCCCCACAAGGCCAAGCGCACCGUAGUCUUUGCCUUGACCAUAAUCAAAGAUUACUCGGUGGCUACUCGAUCACGCCUUGCAACACGCAAGGACAGCAAGAUCUCAAUGGAUCCUCAACUAGCCUUGAGGAAGUUCUAUCACUAUCUGCCGCUUCUACGCGACCAAGACCGUUCAGUAGCAAGCAGGCGUAUGUCCUUGGUCUGACGAUCGCAUCCUCAUUCCUACAGCUUCGAGCUACGCCUUGGCUAUGCGGAUCAUGGCGUGCGAAGAAUGUUCUAUUCAUCAAUGAAAGCGCGGCAAAAUCCAUUGACUUCGACAAACCUUAUAUUCGACAGACCUACCCGAGCUGUCACCAGCAACAAACUCCUACCCAAGCCACUGCAGGUGCCGAUGACGCAGAUGACAACUGUUCGUUCCUCAAUCUCGGCAUAAUGCUGCUUGAGAUCUUCUUUCGGGAACCUAUCGACUCCCGACGGACACCUGCAGACUCUGGACCAAAUCAGAGUUUCUCAGAUCUACAGACCGUCCGAAGAUGGGUUCAGCAGGACAAGGAGGAAAUGCCAAUCGGCUUCUACAAAGCCGUCUCCUUUUGCAUUGCUUGUUUUGCAAAUCCCAAUGUUGAUCUCCAGGACAAUAGUUUCAGGCAGACAGUCGUUGAUCAGGUCAUUGUGCCUCUGAAAGACGAACUCAAGAUUUGGAGUGCUUAG